AUGCUGGCGGACUCGCAGCGCUACGAGGGCAAGCGGCAGGAGGUGGAGGCGUGGCUGGCGCGCAUGGAGACGCGGCUGGCGCGCAUGGGCUCCGUGGGCCACACGGCCGACGUGCUCGAGGCGCAGCUCCGCGAGCAGAAGAGCUACCACGCGGAGCUGCACCAGUACAAGCACCACAUCGAGCUGUUCAACCAGCUGACGCAGAAGCUAAUCGCGGUCUACCAGCAGGAUGACACGACGCGCGUCAAGAAGCUCACGGAGACCGUCAACCAGCGCUACAACAACCUCAAUACCAGCAUUAUCAACCGAGGCAAGCUGCUGCACUCCGCCAUGAACUCGCUGCACAACCUGGACCGUUCGCUGGACAAGUUCCUGGCUUGGCUGUCGGAGGCGGAGAGCUCGCUGGAGUGCCUGGAGGCGGAGGCCGACCGCCUGGGCGGACGGAGAGACCCCGCUGCGCUGCGCCAGCCGUCCCUGCAACUAAAGGUAGGCACGCCCCCACCGCCGCCGCCCUCUUGCAGCGUGCUUCAUACCACGGCUGCUCAAACGGGCCGAACUGCCCCUCCCCCCCCCCUUUUCAUUACAUUAGACCAGCAACAUCUCGGCAGUAGGCGCUGGCCCGGACCCACCCGUUUGAGCACCGCUUCUCUCUGA